GUUUGGUCUCCAAGGAAACUGCAGCAUCCUCUUCGCUGGAGGCGGAAGUGCCCUGUCGGGAGGUUGUGAGUGUUUCCGGUGUGGAAGGUCAGCGGUCUACACGCUUUGUGCGGCAGUCUGAACGGUAAUUAGUGAUGUCAGUGACCAGGGCCCCCCUUACACCCCCGGGUACACUGUGUGCUGAGAGCAGCCCCGGGGGGUAUUACACCCACAUACAGCCAGUGAGGCCCAGUGUGAGCCCUGCCUGGCCCUAUAGGGGCCGGUUAUACCCCACACACACCCUGUAUAUGGUAAAUAACUCCUCAUAGCCCAGUGUGAGCCCUGCCUGGCCCUAUAGGGGCCGGUUAUACCCCCCACACACCCUGUAUAUGGUAAAUAACUCCUCAUAGCCCAGUGUGAGCCCUGCCUGGCCCUAUAGGGGCUGGUUAUACCCCACACACCCUGUAUAUGGUAAAUAACUCCUCAUAGCCCAGUGUGAGCCCUGCCUGGCCCUAUAGGGGCCGGUUAUACCGCCCCCACACACCCUGUAUAUGGUAAAUAACUCCUCAUGGCCCAGUGUGAGCUCUGCCUGGCCCUAUAGGGGCCGGUUAUACCCCACACACACCCUGUAUAUGGUAAAUAACUCCUCGUGGCCCAGUGUGAGCCCUUCCUGGCCCUAUAGGGGCCGGUUAUACCCCACACACACCCUGUAUAUGGUAAAUAACUCCUCAUGGCCCAGUGUGAGCCCUGCCUGGCCCUAUAGGGGCCGGUUAUACCCCCCCACACACCCUGUAUAUGGUAAAUAACUCCUCAUGGCCCAGUGUGAGCCCUGCCUGGCCCUAUAGGGGCUGGUUAUACCCCACACACACACCCUGUAUAUGGUAAAUAACUCCUCAUGGCCCAGUGUGAGCUCUGCCUGGCCCUAUAGGGGCUGGUUAUACCCCCCACACACCCUGUAUAUGGUAAAUAACUCCUCAUGGCACAGUGUGAGCCCUGCCUGGCCCUAUAGGGGCCGGUUAUAUCCCACACACCCUGUAUAUGGUAAAUAACUCCUCAUGGCCCAGUGUGAGCCCUGCCUGGCCCUAUAGGGGCCGGUUAUACCCCCCACACACCCUGUAUAUGGUAAAUAACUCCUCAUGGCCCAGUGUGAGCACUGCCUGGCCCUAUAGGGGCCGGUUAUACCCACCACACACCCUGUAUAUGGUAAAUAACUCCUCAUGGCCCAGUGUGAGCCCUGCCUGGCCCUAUAGGGGCCGGUUAUACCCCCCCCACACACCCUGUAUAUGGUAAAUAACUCCUCAUGGCCCAGUGUGAGCCCUGCCUGGCCCUAUAGGGGCCGGUUAUAACCCACACACCCUGUAUAUGGUAAAUAACUCCUCAUGGCCCAGUGUGAGCCCUGCCUGGCCCUAUAGGGGCCGGUUAUACCCCCCCCACACACACACACACCCUGUAUAUGGUAAAUAACUCCUCAUGGCCCAGUGUGAGCCCUGCCUGGCCCUAUAGGGGCCGGUUAUACCCCCCUCAUAGCCCAGUGUGAGCCCUGCCUGGCCCUAUAGGGGCCGGUUAUACCCCCCCCACACACCCUGUAUAUGGUAAAUAACUCCUCAUAGCCCAGUGUGAGCCCUGCCUGGCCCUAUAGGGGCUGGUUAUACCGCCCCCACACACCCUGUAUAUGGUAAAUAACUCCUCAUAGCCCAGUGUGAGCCCUGCCUGGCCCUAUAGGGGCCGGUUAUACCGCCCCCACACACCCUGUAUAUGGUAAAUAACUCCUCAUGGCCCAGUGUGAGCUCUGCCUGGCCCUAUAGGGGCCGGUUAUACCCCACACACACCCUGUAUAUGGUAAAUAACUCCUCGUGGCCCAGUGUGAGCCCUUCCUGGCCCUAUAGGGGCCGGUUAUACCCCACACACACCCUGUAUAUGGUAAAUAACUCCUCAUGGCCCAGUGUGAGCCCUGCCUGGCCCUAUAGGGGCAGGUUAUACCCCCCACACACCCUGUAUAUGGUAAAUAACUCCUCAUGGCCCAGUGUGAGCACUGCCUGGCCCUAUAGGGGCCGGUUAUACCCCACACACACCCUGUAUAUGGUAAAUAACUCCUCAUGGCCCAGUGUGAGCCCUGCCUGGCCCUAUAGGGGCCGGUUAUACCCCCCCACACACCCUGUAUAUGGUAAAUAACUCCUCAUGGCCCAGUGUGAGCCCUGCCUGGCCCUAUAGGGGCUGGUUAUACACACACACACCCUGUAUGUGGUAAACUCCUCAUAGCCCAGUGUGAGCCUGCCUGGCCCCCCGGUUAUACCCCCACACACCCUGUAUAUGGUAAAUAACUCCUCAUAGCCCAGUGUGAGCCCUGCCUGGCCCUAUAGGGGCCGGUUAUACCGCCCCCACACACCCUGUAUAUGGUAAAUAACUCCUCAUAGCCCAGUGUGAGCCCUGCCUGGCCCUAUAGGGGCCGGUUAUACCGCCCCCACACACCCUGUAUAUGGUAAAUAACUCCUCAUAGCCCAGUGUGAGCCCUGCCUGGCCCUAUAGGGGCUGGUUAUACCCCCACACACCCUGUAUAUGGUAAAUAACUCCUCAUGGCCCAGUCAUUCAGGCCAGGCGGGGUGAUAGACACGUAGGGCUCCCAGAAUACUAUAUAUAGGGAGAAAGCUAACGCUCUUUUUUUUAUUCUGUUCUAGAAUCAUUGAAACAAAUUCCAUAUUAUUCUGACUUCCAUGGGUCUAUGAUUGACCUUCAUGAAAAAAGAAACCUUAUUCUCAGCUGUGUAGCAGUUUCAGUACUCUUAAAGGACCACUAUAGGCACCCAGACCACUUCAAGUCAAUGAAGUGGUCUGGGUGCCAGGUCCCUCUAGUUUUAACCCUGCAGCUGAAAACAUAGCAGUUUCAGAGAAACUGCUAUAUUUCACUAAGGGUUAAUCCAGCCUCUAGUGGCUGUCUCACUGACAGCCACUAGAGGCGCUUCUGCGAUUCUCACAUUGAAAAUCACAGUGAGAGGACGCUGGACGUCCAUAGGAAAGCAUUGAGUAAUGCUUUCCUUUGGGCAGUUUGAAGGCGCGCGCAUUUGGAUCUGACAUCGGCAGGGGAUGGAGAGUUCCCCAGCACAGAGGGAGCCCGGUGCUGGAGAAAGGAAAGUGGUUGAAGGGGGGCAUUGAGGGUGGGGGACACCUAAUGACCUUAUAGUGCCAGGAAGACAAGUUUGUUUUCCUGGCACUAUAGUGCUCCUUUAAUACCCUCUCUGUUAGGGAGGAAGAUUAAGAUUCUUUUCAGAAGCAAUCAUUUAUUCCCAUGGUUUACCAUGCCUCUCAAUCAUCCAGAUUUUGGUAGGACAGCCCUAAUUGUCAAGUCCUGUCCCGCCAUCCUGACUUGUUCCCUGCUGUCCUGCUUUUAUGAACAACAGGGAAAUGUCCCCGCGCGUGUGCAUCAUGAGACACACCAUAACUACACUCAGUGCCCUAUUACCAUGCAAACGCAAACAGCAUUGAAACAUUGUUCUCUGCAGGUUCUGACGUCAGUGGGAAGGUCUGCUUGAUGGGCAUGCAGCCAAGCAUGCAUUAACACCAGGCUGUCCAGUCAGUAAUUUGGAUGGAUCCAGCAUCCCUUUCAGGUUGAUCUGCCCCUACUUGAGAAGUGCUAGUGAUGUGAUCGCAUCAAUGGUCUUUUCCCCUUAAGCCCUGUCUCACCAGCAUACCACAUCUCGAGGGGAUUAUAAUGUCAGAACCCAUUAUUAGUGUUAUUUUACAUGAUACACACUUCACAGUUGUAUAGCUUUCUUUAGGAAUAGGGCACUGUAGCGGACCACCUGGCACCCCAACUGGGUAGUGGUACCUCCGUCAAGCUCGAUUUCUAGCUCUCCUCUGGGACACAGGAGUGCUUCAGCCCCUAGCCACCUUAGCUUGGCUGGGGUUUCUCCAUCGCUUCCCGCCCUGGAACAGGGUCCUGGGUACAGCUGUAAGUGAUUAAAAUAUACAUUCCCAAAUAGCCCUGAUCUGAGCGCCCAAGUUCUCCAAAUAGUGCUCAGAUCUGUACAGUGUAGGGGAAACACCACCAUGUUCUGACUGGCCGCACAUGUGGUCCUAUUCCCAAAACAGUUCAAGUGCGUUUGGUGAUUUGACCGGUCAACUUUUGGGAGAUCUUGCGGCCGCAUAUGGGGUGCUCUGGCUGGCUCUUAGGUAGCGUUUGUUCCCCUUAGUCUCAGGCACCUUCCUUCUAAAAAGCGCUCGCCUGGCGGAUUUCAAAGUGGUUCAAAACCGUGAACCAAGUUGUCCGGAAACCCACAAAGUCCUCAUGCUGAAUUUAGUUCCAUAACGAUCGCAGCUAAGUACCGCUGAGGACAAUUCGUGGGUUUAGUUCUUGUGAAACGGCUGCCAGAGAUCCAGCUUUCGGUUCCAUUUGCAUGAAGUGCCGAACCAGGGGCACCCAGGGCAAACUACUAAUGGGGGCUGGAGAGGUUUAACUCCCCAACAGGGUCUUUGUAUAUGGUCCAUAGUCCUUGAGCAGGAGGCUAGCUAGCAGGCUGUUCCAGGAACUCGUGGCAUAGGCGAGUUUGCCACAGGUACCUUUCUCACACAGGUUUGUGAAUGGGAAGCUAGUGAUGGACAGAGAAUGUCAGCUAAUGCUCUGUCUGUAAGCAGAGCAGAGACCAAGACUUUCUGUUUGAAGCUUUGGACCAUUGCCUGAAGGUAGGAAGACGAGGGAACAGGCACUCUCUUCUUAACUUCUGAGUCAUACUGUUCAACACAAUGGUUUGACCCCUUAGUUAUUAUGGUGGCCGGAGUGUUUCUUUAAAAGUGUUUUGUGAAAAAUGAAAAUAUGACUGCUCCCUAUCCUCUUUGUGCCAUAACAGCCACUAUAAACUGUAGUAUUUAUUGUGCUUGGAGUGUUUCUUUAUCUUCCUCUCAUUAGUGUGUGUACAUUACAUUAUUGCAUAAUCAUUUGUUUCCUUGAAAUGCAUUUGGAAAAAAAUGUAGUAUUAACAAAAAUGUUCCUCUAUCUUUUCAGUUGUAACAGUUGUUGACUAAUUAUGUUAUUAAUGAUACUAUUUAUAAAUGCUUGGCCAAAAAUAAUUCUUUAAUAUAAUCAGGAUUCUUUAGUUUCAAAUUUGCUGCAUUGAUAUUUUCUCCCAGUCUGAAUAGUUGUCUUUAACCACUUGACAUAAGUAACAGGAAUUGAUUGGAAGGUUUUGUUCCCAUAGCACAAAUAUGAAAAAAAGUUAGGAGCUUUUAAAAAAAAUUUUUUUUUUUUUUUUUUUACUAACAAAGCUUUUAUAUUCAGCAACAUAAAUAACAGAUCUUAAAGGAACACAAACCUGUAUUCCUGACCCUAUGUGGUUAAAACCACCAUCUAGCCCCUCUGACGCCUACUUGCCUCCCUAAAUAAGUAAAAUCCUACUUGUAUUAAGGUCUUCAGCUGCUGGCUCUGCCCCUGACCUGCCUGCUGUGUGCUGACCUCAUCAGAAGUGGUGGUCUGAGCCAAUCACAAUGCUUCCCCAUAGGAUUGACUGAGACUGUCAAGGAGGCAGAUCAGAGGCAGAGCCAGCACAAAUCAAACACAGCCCUGGCUAAUCGGCAUCACCUUUUAGAGGUGAACUGAAUCAAUGCAUCGAAAUGAGGAAAGUUCAGUGUCUGCAUGCAGAGGGUGGAGACACUGAAUGGCAGUGCAGCACUGCCCCAGGAAGCGCCUCUAGUAGCCAUCUGAGGAGUGGCCAGUGGAGUUCUCCCUAGGCUGUAAUGUAAACACUGCCUUUUCUUUGAAAAUACAGUGUUUACAGCAAAAAGCCUGAAGGGAAUGAUUAUACUCACCAGAACAAAUACAAUAAGCUGUAGUUGUUUUGGUGACUAUAGUUUCCCUUUAAGCUGAACCCUCUCACAACAUGUGGUUGACAUAGUCAACACAGACACUAGUGUCCCUUUAAAUGUACACAUAAAGAUAUAUUUUGCCAUGACACAACAGAUGUUUUUUGUUUUUUUUCACUUGGCUUUUUGUGGCCAUGAACAUGCCUUGAAUUUUUUGAAUUAAAAAUCCAAUGGUCAACAGCCUUUGCAGGAUCAACUCCUUCACUGACUGUCUGUUUAUUUUGGUCAUUAAUAAAUCACCUCAAUUUUCAUUAAAGGAACACCUGUAGGGUCAUGUAUGCUGGAGAGUGACAAAUCUAGAAGUUCUCUGUUUCUUUCCGUUUCCAAGGACUUUAAAUUCAUACCACUAAUUAUGGUUUGCAGGUAUCAAGCACUGCCGUGUAACAUUCAAUAUUCCUCUGGGUCAGAAAUUACUCUUCCAGAUAUUUAAGACCAUGCUGAAUCAAAUUGAAUUUUUCAUGCUGGAUCGAAGAAGUUGCAGAGCUCAUGCAACUGUAUGUUUUGAUUCAGUCUUUUAACACCUUAAGGACCAAACUUCUGGAAUAAAAGGGAAUCAUGACAUGUCACACAUGUCAUGUGUCCUUUAUGGGUUAAAGCGCCACUUUCACCAUCCAGGGAAUUUGCUGAAUUCGCAAAGAUACCCGACGGUGACAUCACCGCUAAAGGUCCAGUGACCAGGCAGGACAGGUAAGGAUGAAAUUUACUUACCUGAACUUGUCUGUUGUGGUCGUGAUCAUCUUGAUCCAGUGGUGAAGUUCCAACACUACAAUACUCAAAACUAGUAUUUCAUAAAUAUUCUAUAUUUAUGAAAUUCUUAUUCAUUUUUUUGUUUUGGUGGAGUGGAGGGAGGUGUGUCAGUGCUGCUUUAAUUGAUGUUCCAGUGAUCAAUCUCUCCUUGUGCUGUUUUGAAACAUCUUUAACUGAGUUUAACAAUGAAAUAGUGUUUUACACAUGCAACACAUUUGUGCAAAAAAAAAAAAAAGCCAUUUCCUUUGAAAUAAAAGGGAGAUGUUAUUAAUAAUUUCAAGUUGGUAAAAUCAUUUUCUUUCAUUGAAUCAUGUGCAACUGCAGAAGCACUGUCUUUUUCUGCAGCAGUUAUGGUGCAGUGGCAAACGUGCAGAGCCCUGUCAUAGCAUAAGUAGUGAAUGUAUCUAAGUGGCAAAACAAUAUCCCAUAUCUGUUUAAUUAAAUUUAGAUCAGACAGUUCACAAGGUAUGUUUUUUUUAAACUGUAAUGGUAAUUGUUUUGUCCGUUAACGUGCUAAAUAAAACUAAUACUAGUCUCCUACAUUUGCAGUGUUGAUUUGGAGUGCUCUAUCAGUGUAGUAAGAUCGGUCACAGAACAUUCUUUGAAUAUAUAUAAACAGGCACACCCUGUAACCAGCAACUUUCCAAACAAGGACUUUAUAAAAUUGUUACACCCGAUCUUAUAAGUGAAAUAAGGCACGCACUACUAACUUUAAAAAAUAAAAAUAAAAAAUCAUUCAUACUUUUUUGCUCACAUGUAUUAAGAUAUAUUUGAAUAUAAGUUGUAAAAUGUAAUUUGAGCUUUAGCACUACUAAGUGAAAUCUGACUUAAAGCAGUAUAUGGUACAUGCACCACCAUGUAUGCCAUUACAGGAACACUAUGGCAGUGUUUCCCAACCCAGUCCUCAAGGCACACCUACCAGUCCAGGAUUUAGGGAUUACCCAGUUGUGUCUAAGGUGUUUUUACAAAGAAGAAGAAAAACACCUUAGACACUACUGGGUAAUCCCUAAAUCCUGGACUGGUAGGUGUGCCUUGAGGACUGGGUUGGGAAACACUGCACUAUGGUAUACGGAAUACAUGUAUCCCACUGCGACGUUAGCUGUUAGGGGAACUUAAUGAGCAAGUGUGUCCUGUGCCGUGCGUGUAUUAGGCGCUCCCCCGUAGGAAAACAUUGAUUCAAUGAGGGACAUUCAAUACAUACAUUUUAAUUCUGCAUUUCUGUUCCAUGCAUUAUCGAAAACCAGCCUUCUAACUUUUCCCAGAUUUCUGUGGCUGUCCAGUCACAGACUUCCCAAUGCAGCUCAAUGAGUAGUCUUUACAAGGCAGGUGCUCUUAGCUAUUGCUGCCUCUUCAGUUUGGCUCCACUAAGCUAAAUAAACCAGGAAGUAACAGGACCUGUUGUCUGAUUGACAGGUGGGGGGCUAACAAGGUUAAUUUAUAAAAGUGUUAGAAUUCUAUUGAAAUCUCUACUUUUGUAAAAUAAAAAUAAGGACACACUCUUAAUACAUAAAGCUUUUCAGCAAGCUUAGUCUUGACAAUAUGCAUUAAAAAUGCUUUGUUCUUAAAGUUACUCAUUUGCAGCAAAUCUCAAUGCUCUGAGUCCCCAAAGCUCCUCUAGAUCUGUCGUUUCUAGUCCUCUCAACUGCUGUGACAAUCAGAGGGACAAAGAGAGGAGGCAGAGCUGUCGGGUUCUGGGGACCAACUUUGGAGUUAAACCAUUUAGAAAUGGCUUAACACCUAAAAGAAAAACCUUGCCCAGGCAUUCAUUCCCCUAUAACAACAAGUUGUUUUUUUUAUGGGGGUAGAGGUGUUACUUUAACAAAAUAACAUUACUGGGAUACAUCAGCACCAAAAUGGAUAACAAUGGUGGUGGGGGCGGUUGUUGUUUUUUCUUUUCUGUUGACUGAACAAUGUUAUCUUUACUUGCAGAUGGCAGAACAACUACAAGAAAAGUUACAGGCCGAGGUCACAAAAUACCAGCAGCUACAAAAAGGUACUUUAUAAUACUACCUUCCGCUGUCAUAACUACUUGAAUUAUUCUUUAUUGGCCAUCUGUAAACCUUUAGCUAUCAAUAUAUCCAUGGACUGUGCCCGUCACUAAUAUUACAAAGUAAAGAUAAGGAACAUUCUCUAAGGAACUUUUUCCUUUUUUCUUCACUACUAUUGGCACCCUUGGUAAAUAUGAGCAAACAUGGCUGUAAAAUAUUGUCUUCUGCUCAGUCAAAUGCAAACACAACACAAGUUUAUGAAAAAAUAUAUAUAUAAUUGUUAAAUGUGUGGUAAAAUUAUUGGCACCAUUUUCAAUGGGGUUCCUUGAUUUUGGGAUCAGUAAGUCAUUUCUGUGAUAAUUUUGAUGUACGUUUCGGAUCAUUGUCCUGCUGGAAGAUCCAACUAUGGCCCAUUUUAAGCUUUCUGGCAGAGGCAGACAGGUUUUCAUUUAAUAUCUGUUGAUAUUUGAUAGUCUGUGAUUUAUCCUAAUAAAUUUAUCCUAAUAAAUUGUCCAGGUCCACUGGCAGAAAAACAUUUCCAAAACAUUAAAGAGCCACAACCAUAUUUAACUGUGGGUUUUAGGUACUUUUCCAUAUGGCUCUACCUCUCUAUGUGCUCCAAAUCAACCUCUGACCGAAGAUCCCAAUCCGUAGUAGUUCCAGUAGUGUCUGGCAAAGCCUCAGACUCUACUGGAGGAGACGUAAGAUUGUGGUUUUGGAGACUUUUUGACCACAAGACACAACUAACUUCUGCAAUUCUCUAGCUGUGAUCCUUGCAGAUUUUGUUGGCCACUUGAACCAUCCUCUUCACAGUGGGUUUAGACAAUAUAGACACAUCCUCUUCCAGGUUGACUUAUAACAUUUUUAGUUGACUGCAACUUCUUAAUUUUUGCCCUGAUGGUGGAAAUUGGCAUUUGCCAUUCUUUUAUUUUCUUAUAGCCACUUUCCAUUUUUGUAAAGUGUUUUUUUUUUUUUUUGUGUGUUUUUUUUAACAUUCUUUAUUUAUGUUCAGAUUUCAUGUGAAAGAUUACAGAAAUUGAGACAAACAGAACAGUAUAAGGGUGUAAAGCAUCCAUAAAGAGGACCAAAGAGACAAAUUGUCAUCUACAUUUGAUGCACAUUUGUCACGUUACAGAUUAAUUGAAUAUGGAUGACGUGUAUGCAAGCUAUAUUCCUCGGACUUGCUCGUUGUGAUGAAGGACUAAAAGAAUUUGACCUAUGUGUUACCUCAUAUUUAUACACCUGUAAAACAGGACGUCAGGAUUGAACAAAUUCCUUUCGUCUCCCAGGUGUCAUAAAAAUGUAAAUAUCAAUGGGAAUAUACUUCAAAUAUAUUUUCUCAUAAGAAUUCAUAGUGGUGCCAAUAUAUAGUUAACAAAGAUUUUUUAUUUUUUAUAUAUAUAUAUAUAUAUAUAUAUAUAUAUAUAUAUAUAUAUAUUGUUUGAUAUCCAUGAGAGCAGAAUAGUUUUGUGUAUUGUUUUUAAAAAAAAUAAUCAAAAAGUUAAACAAUAAAGACAAUUUUUGACCGUUGCCUUUCUUUACCAAGGGUGCCAAUAUUAGUGGAGGGCACUAUACAUAUGGUGAAAUGCCACUAUUCAUGUUAUCAUUUUAUAAUGCCCAUUUUUACUUACCUUUGCUCCAUAUGGGCUUCAUCGCUAUUCCUCUUUGAUCAGAAACACCACACAUUAUUUAAGACCAUGCACAAUUUAAACACCUGAAGUGGCCCAGAAUGCAUCACUCACAUGCCCAGCAGAUAAGAUUCAUGAAUAUGCUCUUAGUUACCUGCAUGGACAAACAGAGGACCUAAAGGUAGCUGCUCCCAUGGAUCAACAGUGAGACAGGAGACACACUGAAAAGAACCACUUGCUUAUAUAUGUGCCUUACUAAUUAUAUUACAUGUAAUCUAUUGAGUAAUAAUACAUGUUAGUUUACUUUAAGGAAACCCAAAAUACUGAACUUCUCACUCCAUCACUGAUCUUCACAGCUUUUGUGGCCUGUGUGGCUUAUGCAAAGUCCACAAGGAUUACUGAAGCUUUGCAGUGACCAUCCUCACAUUGCUUAACUUACUGAAUAUACUCGAGUAUAAGUCGACCUGAAUAUAAGCCGAGGCCCCUAAUUUUACCACAAAAAAACUGGGAAAACUUAUUGACUCAAGUAUAAGCCUAGGGUGGGAAAUGCAGCAGCUACUGGUAAAUUUCUAAAUAAAAUUAGAUCACAAUAAAAUUACAUUAAUUGAAUAUUUAUAUACAGUGUGUGUUCAUAAUGAAUGUAGUGUGUGUUUGUGUAGUGUGUGUGUAUAUAUAAUGAAUGCAGAAUGUGUGUGUUUGUGUAGCGUGUGAUAUACAUAAACUGGGUGGGGGGAGGGCAUUAUUUAUUAUUUUAAUAUUUUUAUUAUUUUAAUAUUUGUUUAAUUUUUUUUUUAUGUCCCCCCCUCCCUGCUUGUUGCCUGGCUGGGGAGGGGGGCCUAUUUAAAUCCCUGGUGGUCCAGUGGUGUGUACUAUGCUGGGGGGGGGGGGGAGAAGCUGUUACUUACUUUUUACAGCAGCGACGUUCACCUCCCCCAUUCAGCUCCCUGUGUAAAUCUUGUGGCCUGCGUGCCGCGCAGAGCGUUGACAGCCACGGGUCUCGCAAGAUUUACACAGAGAGCUGAAGGGGGCAGGUGAACGGAGCUGAACGGAGAUGACUGGAGCUGCUGUAAAGGUAAGUAACAGUCUGUAUUAAUGCAAUGUAAGUUGCCAUAAUACAGACACUGGCUCGCGUAUAAGCUGAUGGGGGGGGCUUUUUCAGCACAAAAAAUGUGCUGAAAAACUCUGCUUAUACUCUAGUAUAUACGGUAAAAUCAUUUUUGCCAAUGCGUAGAUCAUACAUCAUACUCGCAUUCUCUGUUAAUAUCUACACACUGAUUGGUCAAUCACCUUGUAAAUGUUCACCUUUAACAUUUUCAUUUCUAACACUUUGAUUGCUGCAGAUAUUAGAAAGCAUGUUAAAGCAGUUACAUUCAAUGGAAUCCAUCCAUCAACCCUCCUACUACCAUUUCGUUUCUAAUGUUUAAAAUGAGAAUAAUUUCAGAAUUCACCAUCUCUGUUAAUAACUGUCCAGUAAGCUGACCGAUGCUUUCUCACUCUUUCCAGAUAUCAGUAGCAGUAUGGCAGCCAGGCAGAAGCUGGAAGCACAACUUACUGAGAACAAUAUUGUAAAUGAGGUAAGUGUAACGAAAGUACAAUAAGAUGCAUAUUGGAGACAGGUUUCUGUGCCAGUGCUGGAGAGUUUCCCAUUUACUGAAAUCCUUCUUCCGAUAUCACAGAUGCGCUACUUAUGUCAUGCUGUGUAAUCAAGGCUUCACUCAGAUAUAAGCAUGUACUUUAUAAACGAGUAUGUGUGAUAUAUCCGAGCUAUAAAUAAGAUUAGUAUCGGCUAGUAAGAAACAAGCCCAAGACCAAUCUUAUUACCCUUAUUACCCUUAUUAAAGUAAAACCUUAAAAAUUUAUCAUUCACAGCGUUAUUAAAUCCCCAUGAGGAUGAUACAAAAAACACAUACAAAAAAAAAAAACAGUGCCAAUAAAAUGUGCUAAAGUGAAAAAAUAGAAAAUAAAUAAAAUUGGACAAGCAGAUCGAUCGGAUAUAGAUAGUCAGAAUGAUCUCCCAGCUUGGAAAUAGUCUAGAAAGCAGGUGAACGUAACCUGAUACUAUGUUGCAAAAAUUCCUCCAAAUUGAAAGCACCCAGCUAAGUCUUAUGAGCUGCUAGGUAGGGGCUAGGAAAGUCUGAUAUAGUAUCUAAUAUAUAACAAUAAAUGUAGAUACAGAAUAGCAGACUGAUCCUAAGGCAGUGGAAUGGAUCAUAGGUAGAAAUUGUAGAGUAAAGAAGGCUCUGUAUGGUGUUAGCCAGUGACUCUGUCUUAUUAAUCAGCUCAACUAAUUGUUAAGAAACUAUAGAAAGAAAAGGAAAUUGGAAUAUAUGGGGUAAUCCAAAGCAGUAAACCCCAGGCUGAGAAACCAUAACAAUUGAAUAUGAAAUUGCCCCUAGUAUAAUAUAUCUUGUGGUCAAGUGCUGAGAGCCAAUAUAAUAAUAUAUAGAUGGUAGACAAGUAUGCAGACCUAAAUUGGUCCGCUCAUAAAGUAAUGGAACAAGUAGUCCCAUAUCUGCUUCAAGGCAUCCUAUCAUCUACCUAAAAUAGCCAAUACGAACUCAUCGACUACUGCCUAUUUGCAAGACAAAAGGCGCCUAUAAGCACCAAAAUGCGCGUCGAGCAGAUGCUCCAUUCUGACUAUAUACGAUCCAUCUGCUUGUCCAAUUUUAUUUAUUUUUUCUAUUUGUUUUUUUUUUUUAUCACAUUUUUCUGGCACUGUUUUUUUUAAAUGUGUUUUUGUAUCAUCCUCAUAGGGAUUUAAUAACGUUAAUGGUGUUCUCAUUCCAAUGUUGAACUGGUACUUUAAUAAGGGUAAUAGGAUUGGUAUUGGGCUUGUUUCUUAUUAGUCUGUACUAAUCUUCUUAUUGAUUUCUAUAUUGGGUUAUGCCCUAAUUACCCCACAACCAUUACAGACUCUUUCAUCGUGUUUGUAUAUUUAUUGUAUCUGAGCUAUAAGUCUACCAUAGAGGCGUCUAUGCUAUUUUGGGGCUUUAUUUUUCCGCUAAGGACUAGACUUCACAGACUAUUAUAAGACCGUGAUAAUUAGGAAAGUAAUGACUUAUAUGACAUUGACUUGGAAACCCCAUUCAUCACCUGUGAUGUAAUGGGAAAUUAAUUUUUCGAAACCUUUCAUUAAUCUCAUCCCACAGUCAGAGGGGUCUCUACAGCACUAUGAAAGACACUGCUUCUACUGUUAGACAUGUACUGCCGAAAGUUGCCUUGUGUCUGAUGGUUAUAAUAUAUCUGUUUCAACCACUAGGGACCCACUGCAAUAAUAUGGAGAAUCAAUAUUGGGUCUUGAUAUAAGAUUUUUCUGGAUGGCACAUAUUUGUAUUCCUAAGAGCAAUCUGCCCUUAUACUAGCAUACAAUUUCUAAUCUUCCUUUUACUGAAAUGAAAUAAUACAGGGUUUUUAAAUGUUCUCUUUGGCCGUUCAGACCCUGCAUGGCUUCAUGUUGAUCUUCCAUAGCAAGCCACAGGUAGAAGCUCUUAUGGGACUUUUUCCCAGGGUUAUUGAAGAAUUGAUAAAUGAAUUGCAAACUUUGGUCCAAAAUAGUCAUACUUCAAGAAUAGUUCAGAAAUGCUCUCAAUUCUACUAUGGUGGCCCAAAUCUUGCAGUUUUCUUGCCUCUAGAUCAAUGAAUGGCUUCAAUGGUAAACCAAAAAGUAUCUGCAGUCACAGCUAUUAUGAAUGGUACAAGUGCCUGUACGUUCAGAGGAUAAAGUUUAACAAUAUUUUUUUAGCUCCUCUGCCUCAGGAAUCUAAUUUGUGCUAGCUGAGGUAAGAUUAAACAGCAGAGUUUUCACUUCUGCAGGAUCCAUGGUAUUUCUAUUAGUCUCAAGACUCUUGAUGAAUGUCCCAACACUCCCUACUGACUAAUCCUAAUUAUUGUCUUCUAAAUAUACUUACCUAUUAUGUACCCAUUAAGUAGAUUUUAUAAUCCUAGUGCGGCACAUUUGUGGUUUCCCAGUUUCAAGUUUAGCCACCUCUGGGCCUGCCCACCUUAGUAUUAAUAAUAAGCAUAGAUUUUAGCAUUUUGAAGUCUGUUCUUGUUAUAGAUGUAACCAUUACCCAACUCAAUGGUACUCAUUUUAUGAACCUGUUGACAGUGAUCAGCUUUAGAUGAUAGGAUAGUUAACGGAAGCGCCUGCUUAGGAACUUCAUCUGUCCUGUAUUAGUAGUGGAGGCGGGGAGUGGCGCCUGGCAGGCCUUUAGUAAGAAGGCAAACCAUUUAACUCCUUACAAUGGGGAUGGGUAAAUGCCGCACAUGCCUGGUUACUCCCCCUUGUUGAUCUAUGAGAAGCAUAGUAUUGGACCAGAAAUCCCCUACAUGGGUGACCUUGGAGGGUGAGCAGCUGUCCGACAGAACACUGGAUAAAAGGGGAGUAAAAUCAUAUUUAUUUUUAGAAUUCGUGUUUCUUUAAUUUAAGAGAUCCAUUCAUUUAGCUUCAGUGGAGAUAUGAUUUAGCUAAGCUUUCAACAAGUGGACCUGGCAAAGUUUCAAUGCACCAAGUGUGUCUUGAUUACAAUACAAAGUCAUCGUUGUAGUAUAGAAACGUUCUUAUAUACGAUACACAAGUGCCUUUCUACAGAAUUGUUAUCCAGAUUCCUGCUGUCAAUUUUGCUUUAGCAAGGGACCUAUGUUUAAAGUAUUGUGUAUUAACAUUGGUAAUGCAGUAACGUAGAAAUCAGCUUUAAAUACACAUUAAUAAACACAGAUAACCUGUUUAUCCCUAUAGGAGCUGGCUCUAUUGGAUGACAGUAAUACCAUCUAUAAACUUAUUGGACCAGUAUUGGUUAAGCAGGAUCGAGAAGAAGCAAAAUCCACUGUGACUAAGAGACUGCAGUAUAUAAAUGGAGAGAUGUGAGUACAUUUGUAUAAACUUAGUGUGUAGAGAGUAUAUGACGUUGGGGAAUAUGUAAGGUGUGUGUGUGUGUGUAUAUACACACACACCAAUCACACACAGUGUAAAAUACUGUGGCCACAGUUACAUAUAUCAAGCAUAUUCACUAAGGUGUGAAUUGUUUGGAAUUCAAGAUGGAUUUCAAGUUUUAGGACAAAAUUGUGAGAAUUCUCCAUUUCAGCAAUUUUAGCCAAAAAUAUGAAAUUAACUUUCACCUACCACUCUCCUCUAGUUAAUAACCCUGUUUAUCUACAGCAUUGAGAGGGUUAAAAUGUGUGGCUGCUCUCUCCAUCAGUGGUGUGUAUGUAUAUGAUAGGUCUUUGAUGAGAACUUACUAACUGUUAAUCUCUUCCUCUGUUCCAGAAAGAGACACGAGACCCUAAUGAAGGACAUGGAGCAGCGCUCAGAGCAGCACAGAGCUACCCUUACUAAGCUUCAGCAGGAAUACCAACGAGCGCAAGGCAAGGGCCCUGUAAAAGCUUGAGGAACCACAAUUAACCCAGCCCCACUUUGUCCGACCUAUUGUGUCCUGGAGCAGAUUGGCCUUGCUAUUAAACUUUAAUUAUCUUCAUCAAGGAGCACUGGACCUGUCCUUUAUAAAACCAACUGGGAGCCAUUUUGCCCCAUUGUCAGGGCAGAGACUGGGUGCAGUUAUUGUAGAUAAAUGUACCAGAAUGGGAAAAACCCAAUAAAAUGGCCACUCCAGCUCUGUGUCUACAUCCAGUUGUUUAUCUGUGUUACUGCAUGGAGCCUAUGCCGUGUGAAUAUCUACUUGGCAGAUACACAAUAAGGAUAAUACACUUGCAUACAGAGAAAUGUGUGCUUUCAUAUGCACAGAUUGCAGGUGUAAGUAUUUGUCAACAUUUGCUGGUGAUUUGUACGCAUGUCACUCAAGCUUUUAAGAUUGUGAACAUGUAAUGUUUGCUAUUAGUUUAAUUGGUUAGUGUUCCAGUAAGCGGUGUGUCAGUUGAGCAUCUCUUCUCUUGCAAAUCCUAGUUGGCCUUGGCUCCAACUCCUUUGCCAUCCCCUUAAUACUAUUUCUAGGUCUUUGGAUCUGUGACACUCCUCUACAAUUCAGAUUGUGCCUUUUAUUCUGCCCCUAGUUCCUACAAUGCCUCUUUAACCUUCAUGUGUCUGCUUUGUCACAUUGUUAAUUUGGCAACUCUGUUACCCAGUCCUGAUCAGUUUUAGAAUAAAAAGGAAACUGCUUUCAAAAUCAGUUUAAACGCCACAAUACUAAGAAUAGACGUAAAAAAGAGCAAAUUGCCAUAUAUUUGUGCAUAUUUACUUAUUCAUGUUUAUUAUGCACAAAAUUAAAAAUACAUUUUAUAUUCAGCUUAAUUACAUACAAUAUAUAGUGUUUUAUUGAUAGUGUAUAGAAAGCAGCAGCAACAUACAGUCCCUUCCUGGGUUGGAAAACAAUAGUUCCUUUUUAAUUGAAUUUAGUUCUUUUCACCAAAAUGCACUAGCACCAAUGUCUGUUCAAGGCGACUGUGUAUCUUUGACCUUGUGCAUGCUUCUCUAGGAUCAGAACGAUUGGGUUUUGUUCCGAAGCUCAAGGCAUUUUUCCCCUCCGUGUAACUUUCCAUAUCAACUUGUGUCACAAUGACUCCAGAUUAGAAAAUCCAACCUGAGGAACGGAUACCCUUCAUAACGUAAUGUCUUCAGGAACAUUGAAUGCCAUUGUCCAUGGCCACUAUUCCAAGGAGGCAUAUAUCCUUCCAGGCAUCACAUGUAGAAAAGAUGAAAAUGUAACUCAGAAGAGUGCUCUUGCCAGGUCUCCUGCCUUUGCCUUCAUUUUGGGAAAGGUGGCACUGAUCUGCAUGCGGGUGGCAGACAGAGGACCUGGAGACAGUGCUGGUUGGUUGGCAUGGUAAGGACGGAGCAAGAAAUCUAGGCUGGCUGAGCUCAUGGCAUAGAACACAUUGGCAGUUCCUGGGAUCACCAGCUCUGCAAUAGAA